AUGCGGAGAGUCCGCUCGGGAAGGAUCCAGAGAUCCAAAGGAGUCUUGCCAACGACGUUCGGAGUGAUAGCUUGCAUGGCAUUCCUUGGCACUGCGCAGUGCUGGGUGGGAUUGUCGGUGAAAGCAAUCGUUCGACCAGGACCUCGUCCGGUGGCCAGCCUACGACCAAGAGUUUCUCCGUGGCGGAGCGGUCGUGCUGGCAGCCGCACGGACUUUAUUCCAACUGCAGAGGCUCCGUUUUUGACACCGACCGUGCAGCCACUGCUCCUCAGCCCUGACGGUGAGAGUACCGCUCGAUUCGAAUUCUGCGAGCCAGGCAUCGUGAUUCGUGUGGAGGCAGCACCAACGUUCGGAAGCCAGGAAGGCGCACGGCGUGCAGCGAAGCGGAAGGUGGAGCGAAUCACGAUUAUCCCAAGGGACAAGGUCGGGCUCAUGGGUGUUCGAGAUCUUUUCUGGCUGGACAGCGGGAGCUUCCUCAUCACAGGCUACGAGGGACCCAGUGGACGUUUCUAUGGCUGGAUUGCCGAUCUUCGCGAGGGCAAGGCGUCGGUGAUCCGAAUGCCAAGCAACGAGGCCAAUUUCUUUGUUCCUCUAGGUCGUUCGGGCCUGCCCAUGAUUCGGAGGAUUGGCAGCUCGCCGGAGGUGCUCGUGGGAUUCACCGUGGCCGAUGGAGCAAGCAUCAGCUUUUCCUGGGCAUGGUGCAGCUCGCCUUCUGGUGACACUGCUGAUGCUGGUGAUGAUGUGCUGCCGACGGGCGAAUGGCGAGAAGUCGCUCUGUCGAAGGAUGGGGUCAUAGAUGCGGUACUGCUGUCGAACGGCACUGUUCUUCGGCGGAGUGCAGAUGGCUGGCUAGAUCUUGGUAGUCUGAACCUAGAUCCAGAAGCUCUGAGUGCAUCUCUGGCCUUACAGCCUCUUCUGCCACAAGAGCACUUAGUAUCUACCACGCCUCAUGGUGCCAUCGUCAUCGACACUGCAGCUGCCGGCAGCUUGCCGGAGCAUUUCCCGCAACCCGAAGAUUUGGCUUCGGAUACAAAAAAGCCCUCUGACGAAGACCUCGCUACCUGGAUCCUUCAACAAGCUGUGUUGCGACAGACCUCAGCUUUAGUGCGGCUGUCCGCCGGAGACUCGCCACAGCCAGUGUUUGUGCAUCCCUUUUGCGACGUCGUUGCGAGUGGAGUGUGGAUCAAUCCGGAGACAGAAGAUGUUGAGGCAGUGUCGGUGCAAGACCUGAAGCCCAAGACUUAUAGCCUCUCGCAAGAGCAUGAGAGCACGCUGCAGUCGCUUCGGAUACACCUUCCCGACAAGAUUCAGCUCUACGAGGUUGCCAUAGCAACCGCUGGAAUGGAGCUGGUCGCCUGGCAGAUGCAUGGUGAGCGAUGUGUGGCCUUUUUCGCGCAUCCUCUUCUUUCUGAUUUGGUCGCUCUCCCCGCAGUUGUGAAGGGCGGCGUGUUCACAUGGCUGGGACGGCGUGCUCUCCCGACCAGAGGUGCUGCUCUCAACGCUGCAGCAGCUGCUUUGAAGCCGACACUGGAGGGUCACAGGAUACGUGCGGCCAACGGCACGAGUGUGCCCGCAUAUCUCGUGCUUCCGUCAGAAGGAGCGGCAGCCUUGGUGGUACGGUUGCAUGAUGGACCCGAUCUUCGCGACAACUGGGGCACGGAUAGUUUCGAUGCAUGGCUCCUCAGUCGAGGGUAUGGCAUCCUGAAGGUGAACUACCGAGGUUCUGCAGGGUUUGGGCAAGUUUGGCGUACCAGCCGUGGAUUUGCGGAGGAUAUCAUUCGCGCCAUUGAGUGGGCGAUGGUCGAGAGAAAAGUAUUAGGCGAAGCUCCAGCGGGAGCGCGGCUGCCGGUAGCGCUCGUGGGGAGCUCUUUUGGGGCAUAUGCUGCGCUGCACACAGCCUCCAGGCUGAGAGACUGGACAGCGUGCGUUGUGGCGAUUGCACCACAGCAAGUUGCUCCCGGAGGAGUAUGGUCAGAACCAUACUUUCCCGAUCAAAGGGCGGAGAAGGACAACCUCGAGCCUGCAGGUCUUGCCGGAGACCUGCAAGGUUUGGCUAUGAUGUUGGUCGAAUAUGAACGUGAUGAUGCGAAUGGUCCACUUGCUACAAAUUUGGUCCCGGUUGGUUGCGACCCUGAAGACUGGCCACGUUCAUUGCAAUACGUGCAAUACGCUGGAGAGCGGAAAGGAGGCGGAGUGGUGCGGCAAAACAUGUUGGACUUGUACCGACGCAUGGAUUCCUUCCUACACGAGCAGCUCCUUCCGCUCGCAGGACCACGAGAUUUGCGCAAAGAGAACUUCGUCGACGAGGUGCCCUUCCUGUCGGCAGCUCUUUUGCCUGCAACAGUGGGAUCCAGUUCGGCCUCGGCAGAGAGCAUUGAGAUGGGCUUGGAGACCGUGCUGCGAAAGACAAAGGGUGAUGAGAUUGCUGAUGCGCUCCCCGAGCUACGAUCAGCAUUUGGUACUCCUGCUGGGGUUGGCUUCUCCGUCGCAGGCAAGGCAGCCAAACAGGUUGGCAAGCGCUUGGAAAACAUGUUGGUAGCGCCCGCCUCUCGUGUGGUCGUGCGUGAUGAUGGAUUGAUCGAGGUCACCGUGGCUUUUGCUGAAGCACCGCAGAAGCUUCAUGUCUUGUUGUCAGAAGUCUGGAUGCACAUCCGAGCUGAAAACUUGGGAUUCACAUUGGCAUUGCCGCGGCAGCCGAAACGUGGCCAGCGAAUCCAAGCAUUCGCCCUGCCCAGCGGCACUGCCUUCCAUUUCGAGAUCGCAGCGGAGUCAAACGUUGGCGCUGUUGAGAACUUCAACUACUGGGCUGCUCGUGGCAGCAGCUUGCUGGACAUGGUGCUGCCGGAGGAUCUAGCUGGUGCCGCUGUGCUGGUCCCCACAACCUGA